UCUUUAAUAAAUGGAGAGAGCUUCCACGUCUAACUUUACUCCUCUCAGCCUAUUGCUGACGAAAAUGCUCAGCCGUAAACCCCCAAAAUUCUCUUUCCCAAAAUGCCCCCACCAUCCUUCGUCCUCACCACAAACAAAAUCCUCUCCCUCGCGCGCUCCGGUCUCAUCGCCUCCGCCCGCAGACUGUUCGACGAAAUGCCUGAACGAGACACAAUCUCAUGGAACGCAAUGCUCACGGCCUACUGCAACUCAAACCUCCCCGACAAAACUCUCUCCCUUUUCUCCUCCAUGAUCUCCUCCUCCGCCGCCAAACCCGACCACUUCACCCUCACCGCCGCCCUCUCCGCCGCCUCCGACGCACGUGAACUCCGCACCGGGACCCAGCUCCACUCCUUCUCUCUCCGCUCUGGCUUCAACUCGUUGCCUGUUACCAACUCUAUUGUUGAUAUGUAUGGCAAGUGCUCUUGCCCUUGUGACGCCGAAAGGGUAUUUGAAUCGAUGGAGGAGAGGAAUGUGGUCUCUUGGUGCUGUCUCAUUCAUGGUUUUGCUUAUUCAGGGAUUUUGGAGAAGGCCCAUCAACUGUUCGACGAAAUGCCGAGUAAGAAUACUGUGGCUUGGAAUGUUUUGAUCAUGGGUUGUACACUAUGCAAUGAGCCGGAGAUGUCGAUGGGUUUGUUUAGGAAGAUGCUGGUUUUGGGUUUUGAAGCUGAUGCUUUGACGUUUUCAGGGGUUAUGAAUGCAUGCGCUGAGAUUGAUAGACCUUGUUUUGGCGAAACGAUUCAUUCGUUGGUAGUGAAAAUUGGAUGGAUUGAUGCUGUUGAGGUUAGUAAUUCGAUCCUUAGCUUUUAUUCCGUAUUUGGUUUGAAAAAUGACGCUGUUAAGAUAUUUGAGGCGAUGAGAAUGCGAAGUCAAGUGUCAUGGAAUGCGAUGAUAGAUGCGUUCAUGAAAGGGGGUGAUGUAGAUGAAGCUAUUUCUUUGUUUAGAAAAGCACCCAAGAAGAGUAUUAUCUCAUGGACAUCGAUAGUUUCAGGGUUUGCUAGGAACAGGCAAGGAGAGGAGGCUGUAAUGGCUUUUGUGAAUAUGAUGAAAAACUACUUCAGACCCGAUGAUUUUGCAUUUGGUGCUGUUCUUCAUGCUUGUGCUAUUUUGGCAGUCAUAGGAUAUGGCAAAAUGAUCCAUAGCUCUAUCAUUAAAUCGGGUUUUGGUUCAUUUGUCUAUGUAGAGAAUGGUUUACUGAACAUGUAUGCAAAAUGUGGUGAUAUUGAAGAUGCAAACAUAGUCUUUAAUGGCAUCCAGUUGAAGGAUGUGGUAUCAUGGAACAUGAUGAUAUUAGGGUUUGCAUUGCAUGGAUGCACAUCAAAAGCUUUUGAGAUAUACAAUGAAAUGGUAGCUUCUGAUGUUGUUCCUGAUAAAGUCACAUUUUUAGGGUUACUGAUGGCUUGUAACCACUCAGGCCUUAUUGAAAAGGGGGGAGAGUUCUUUGAUGUGAUGAAAUCAGUUUAUGGGAUUUCACCUGAUAUGGACCAUUUUACCUGCAUUAUCGACAUGCUUGGGAGAUCAGGGCAUCUUAAAGAUGCUAACAAGUUGAUCGAAAAAUUUUCAGGCUCGAGUGAGGCUUUACUCAGUGUGUGUACAAAUAUUGAUAAUUUUAGGGUUUCAAAGAAAAUUGGGGAGGAAUUGGUUAGAAUUGAACCUGAGAAAGAUACAGGCUAUGUGAUGCUAUCGAACUCGUAUUGUGCUAGCGGGCAAUGGAUAGAGGCAGAGAGGGUGAGAAAGGAAAUGGUAGAGCAAGGAGUGAAGAAGGCACCUGGUUGCAGUUGGAUCGAAGUGAGAGAUAUAGUGAAGGUUUUUAUGUCUGGAAGUAGAUCAGUUGUUGAUAUGUUAGAUGUGCAUGAGAUGUUGUGGUGUUUAGAGUCUGAGAUGAGAGAUCCUGGUUUCAUUUUCUCAUAGCGAUGGUUAAUGAUUCUUGUUUCCCUUGGUGUAGACUGUAGAGCAUUAUUUGGUGUUCAAAUGGCAGUUUUGGCAAUUAAUUCUUAUGUAAUUAUGAAGGAUGAUAGGUAUGUUUUUCAAUGGCAAGUUGGCAACAGAGGACAAGUUUUUCUUGCAAAGAGAUAUGUAUACUGUUGAGGGAUUUUCUCAAUGAUCAUGAGUGACACAAGAAUGUUUAAGGUAACGGCUCGUCUAAUGAGAUGUAAACAGCUGACUUUGGAGGCUGAAAUUGAACUCCGCCAACAAGUGAUUUUUCGGCCUCCAACCUCAAAGAAGAAAUUGAAAGCAUUGAUUCAGCAAGUUGAUCUCAUUAACUGAGGAGGAUUGCUGACCUUAAUCUCAGAAUGUUCUGCAAGAGUACCAUGGAUAAUUAAAUUCCCCUUAUGUCAAUAAUAAUAUUGUUUCUAUCUGUUCCAAGAUAUGAUGUAUAGAGGGAAUAAUCUUAGAGUGCCUGCAAUGCCUCCCUAUCCAUCUUCACUGGCAACGAACAAUCAGCUAUCCAAAUUGGAGAAUCAUAUCGCAACAUGCAUACAAUGGUGGGUUUAAUAUAAGGAAUGAUUCAUGCCCUUAAGCUUGGAGCUUUACGACAAGGCGAUACUGGAAAUGGACAUGAAGUUAGGGUUUUCUUUGUUAUAUUUCGUCUAACAUUUGGUGGAUUUGUUUGACGAAGUGAAGGACAUUAGAUUGGGAUCGAAAUCUGUGGUGGUUGUGCUCUGCUUUUCUAUGGUACAUUGUGGUUGAACUAUUUGUUCUGUAAUAUAUGUUUAUUGACUUAGGGGACGCUUGGUAGCUUGCAACUAUUGACUUAGGGGGCGCUUGGUAGCUUGCAACUAUAGUUGCAAUGCAAGUGUUACUUGCAUGGAACUGAUGCAUUGCAACUAUUCUUGAAUGCAACUACAGUUGCAAUUGUUUGGUUUAAAUUUUAACUUUUACAACUUGCAGUUGUAGCUAUU